AUGCAAAAUUCAGGAUCACCGUCUUCAGGUGGCUUUGGUGGCAACGGUGGACAAGAGUACGUGGUUUUUGAUAGAUCUACCGACGGUUUUUCCAAAGGUACCUUAGACAGAUCUACUGCUGCGAAAUUAAAAUUAGAGCACUUCUAUAAGGUUACACGUAAUGAACUUGAAAAAAAACUUGAAAAGGAAGACAUUUCAGAUGAACGAAAGAACAGACAACUUCAAUCGCUUGGACGAAAGGAAUCUUCUUUCUUGAGACUUCGAAGGACUAGAUUAGGACUGGAAGAUUUCGUUACUGUCAAAGUAAUCGGUAAGGGUGCAUUUGGUGAGGUUCGAUUGGUUCAAAAAGCAGAUACAGGUAAAAUAUAUGCGAUGAAAACGUUAAGAAAAGCAGACAUGUUUAAAAAAGAUCAGUUAGCGCAUGUUAAAGCUGAACGCGAUGUUCUUGCUGAAUCUGAUUCUCCAUGGGUGGUGCAAUUAUUUUAUUCAUUUCAAGAUGCGUCAUAUCUCUAUCUCAUUAUGGAAUUCUUACCUGGCGGCGAUUUGAUGACAAUGUUGAUCAAAUAUGAUACCUUCUCAGAGGAUGUAACGAGAUUUUAUAUCGCAGAAUAUAUAAAACCAGAUAACAUUUUGAUUGAUAAAGAUGGUCAUAUCAAAUUAUCCGAUUUUGGUCUAUCUACUGGUUUUCACCGAACACACGAUUCUGCAUAUUACCAAAGACUUUUGGAUGGAAGUCUUAAUAGUUCAUCCGGUCAUAGGCAAUUAGGCAGUGAGGCUAAUAUCAAUUUAACAUUAUCUAGUAAAGAUAGGAUCGCCACAUGGAAGAAAAAUCGAAGAGCUUUGGCUUAUUCCACAGUCGGUACACCAGAUUAUAUUGCACCCGAAAUUUUCUUACAACAAGGUUAUGGUCAAGAAUGUGAUUGGUGGUCACUUGGUGCCAUCAUGUUUGAAUGUCUCGUAGGCUAUCCACCAUUUUGUAGCGAAAAUGCUCAUGAAACUUAUCGUAAAAUUAUCAACUGGCGGGAUCAACUGUAUUUCCCUGAUGAUGUUCAUUUGA